AUGCGAUAUCUCUUGAUCUCUUCCCUAUUUAUUGUUUUGAUAUCUUCGCCAUGGCCGGCUCGUGCAGUCCGAACGAUGAUUCCAAAGACGUCGUUCAACUCCCAAGCCGACUUUGAUGCCGACUGGGAUUACCUCUACCCGUGGGGCAGCGACCACAACGGCGGCGCGCGAAUGGCCAAGUCCCAGGUCUCGUUUGGGUCAGGCCAGCUCACACUGACGGCGAAAAAGGUGAGCGGGCAGCCAGACGCGAGCCACGGCGGCAAGGCCAUUGCCAUCCACUACCUGAGCGGUGCCAUUCACGCGCGGGAGCACUUCAACGUGUCGCGGGGCGGAGGAUACGACUUUGCCGGCGAGUUCCGCGCCACCACGACCAAGGGCACCUGGCCGGCCUUUUGGCUUACUGCAGUCGACGGGUGGCCGCCCGAGAUUGACAUGGCCGAGUGGAAGGGGAGCGGCAAGAUUAGCUUCAACACGUUCAAUACGUCGAGCGUAUUGAGUUGGAAGGAUGUCACCUACCCGAGCCCCGGCGAUUGGCACUCGAUCAAAUGCGAACUGCGCGACAUUAACCAAAAGGACGUCCAAGUCAAAUUCUACAUGGACGGCGUGCUCCAGGCGACACAGGUCGGUGGUGGUUUCUUUGGGAAGCCAAUGUAUCUUAUUAUCAAUUUGCAAAUGGAAGGGUCCUCCGGGUCGCCUGGCCCGACGAGUGAUACAUUGUACCAAGUGCGCAACCUCGAGGUCCUCACUUACAAUCCGUAG